GUCGAGCACUUCUGGCCCUCCGUCGCCACCGUCGGCGUUGCCCUGCUGCUGCAGCAAGUCUGCCUUGGAGACCUUGGGUGCGACUCAGGUGGGACCGUUCGGGGCUCUAUGGAGCGGAACUCGGCUGUGGUCGGAGCCGUUAGGCGCCUCCGCACCCAAGCUCCGCAGCAGGAUCACUACUACCAGCGGCAGCGGCGACAUCCGGAAAAGGACGACGAGGGAUGGCACGGGAAGAAGCCCGGUGCAGGCGGGUUACCGAGGCUGCUGCCCGAGGCACGCGCCUCGCUUGUGCUGCUGCUCUACUUGGUGGGGCUGCGCGUGCUCGUGCACAUCUCCUUUCUGCGGCUUCUGCAGCGGCCGCGAGACCCGACGGAGUUCGAUGCCUUUCGCGCCAGGGCAUAUCUAGAAAAUAUUACUGCCAUUGGCCCCAGGGUUGUUGGAAGUCCAGAAAAUGAAAUCCUUACCGUCAACUACCUCUUACAACAAAUUAAAGCAAUUGAAACUGAAAGCAAUAACGUUCACAAGAUCUCUAUAGAUAUACAAAGGCCUACAGGCACCUUCAGUAUUGAUUUUCUUGGAGGCUUCACCAGUUACUAUGAUAAUAUUACAAAUGUGGUGGUUAAACUGGAACCUAGAAGUGGAGCUGAGCAUGCAGUUUUGUCCAACUGUCACUUCGACUCUGUACCAAAUACCCCAGGUGCCAGUGAUGAUGCUGUCAGCUGUUCUGUGAUGCUAGAGAUCCUGCACACGCUUUCAAAAUCUCCUGAACCUUUGCAGCAUGCUAUCAUAUUCCUGUUCAAUGGUGCAGAAGAAAAUGUAUUGCAGGCUAGUCAUGGCUUCAUUACACAACACCAUUGGACUCAAUCAAUUAGAGCAUUUAUUAAUCUGGAGGCUGCUGGCGUAGGAGGGAAAGAGCUUGUAUUUCAAACAGGACCUGAAAACCCUUGGCUGGUGCAAGCAUAUAUCUCUGCUGCAAAACAUCCUUUUGCAUGCGUUGUCGCUCAAGAAGUGUUUCAAAUGGGCAUUAUCCCAGCAGAGACAGACUUCCGUAUUUACAGGGACUUUGGGAACAUUCCAGGAAUAGACCUGGCUUUCAUUGAAAAUGGCUACAUCUAUCAUACAAAGUAUGACACAGCAGAUCGAAUUCUGACAGAUUCUAUUCAGAGAGCAGGAGACAAUAUCUUGGGUGUACUAAAAUACUUAGCAAAAUCAGAUAACUUGGCCAAAUCUUAUGAAUAUCGACAUGGAAAUGUUGUCUUCUUUGAUAUCCUCGGUAUGUUUGUUCUGGCUUACCCAGCUCGUGUUGGUGCCAUUUUGAACUACGUCAUCACAGCACUGGCUGUUCUUUAUCUAGGGAAAAAAACAUUACAGCUCAGAAAGAGAGCGGUUAAUUACCUGAAGGAACUCGCCAUUGCAUUUUUCUUCACAGUUCUGAGUUGGCUCACCACCUUGCUUGGCAUACUUAUUGUGGCAGUGUUUAUUUCACUCAUAGGACGCUCUCUUUCUUGGUAUACUCAGUUCUAUGUGUCCAUUUUUCUAUAUGGAACUGCAGCCUUGGCUAAAUUGAUUUUUGUACACUCUUGCAUCAAGAAAUUCCAUUAUAAAAAUACAAAUGAACAGUUCCUUGGAGAGGUUUUCUUUGAUGUUUCACUGGUUUUUUGGUCAGUUAUGUUGGCCUUGUUUACAUACCUAGGAUUUUGUUCAGCAUUUGUCAGUGCAAUUUGGGUAGCAUUUCCUCUUCUCACAAAAUUAAUGACUUAUAAAGAGUUCAAAGAAAAAGGUGCCACAAUGAAGUUUCUUCUGAUUUACCUCCUGGGAAUGUUUGUUCCAUGCCUCUAUGUAAUGUACCUCAGCUGGAUUACGUAUGAAAUGGUCAUUCCCAUCAUGGGACGGAGUGGUUCAGAAAUUCCACCUGAUAUAUUAGUGGCUGCUUCUGUUGUUGUGUCGUCUAUAUUACUUUCUUCUUACUUUCUUAAUUUCAUCUACCUUGCUAGAAGCACGAAGAAGACAGUAUUAACGUUAACCAUAGUUUUUGCAGUUGCUUUCAUCCUUGUCUGCAGUGGUGUCUUCUUCCCUUACAGUUCAGAUUUGACAAACCCAAAGCCUAAGCGAAUCUUUCUUCAGCACUUGAGCAGAAGAUUUCAUGAUCUGAAUGGCCACUUGACAAAAAGCGACUCAGGAAUAUGGAUUAAUGGGCUCGACUAUAGCGGAAUGUCUCAUGUCACUCCUCAUAUUCCUGAACUCAAUGACACUAUUAGAACAAAAUGUGAGGAAGAGUCACCUUUCUGUGGGUUACCUUGGAUCCUUCCUGUGAACCAUCUUUUUAGGAAAAACUGGUAUCUUCCUGCUCCAGUGCUUAUACCUAAGGCCUCUGCUCAGUUUCAGCUCCUAUCCAAAGAGCAAAUGCCCUGGGAUGCUACGAAGUUGACCUUUGAAAUAUCAGGUCCAAGUCAUAUGUCGCUAUACCUUCGACCACGUCCAGGGGUGACAUUGUCCAGGUGGUCCCUUGGAGAUGGAACUCCUUUUGCUAAUACAGAUGGGGAUUACUUUGUAUAUUAUUCGCAUGGGCUCCAGGCCUUGCCAUGGCGCUUCUGGAUUGAGAUGAAGGCCUCAGAUGAGCCAGUCAAAGGAAUGGUCACCCUUGGUAUAGCUACCCAUUAUUGCUUUGGGGAAGAUCAGAAGUCACCACAGUUGCAUGUCUUAUUAGAAAGAUUUCCCAAUUGGACAGUUCUCUCCAGUUGGGUCUCCACUUACGACCAAUUUAUCUUUUAAUCCAGAGGUAAUAUAAAGAUCACUUGGUGACAAAUACUGGAAAACAAGCUUUGAUUCAUAGGGAGAUUGGGCAAGUCAGAGGAGACAGUAUUUUUAACAGUGGUGAAAAAACUUUACCUGCAAGGGUAUUUCUGUGGCCGCUUGAAUACCUAAAAGGUGGUGAAAUUAUUAGUUCCCUCCUUGGGGAAAAGAAGAACCUCUUGUGUUUUUAUGCAAGACAGACCACCCAUUUCUCCCACUUGAAUGGCCAGCAUGCCUGUGAUGGACUUAACCAGGAAGGCCAUCGUAAAGCCAUAUCCCAAAGGCAAGGUUCAUGUUGUCUUGUAACAAAAGGGCCUUUUGUGCUGGAGUUCUGAGUGCAAUGAGGUAAAUACUUGAUGGGCUUUAAAUAACGAGAGUGCUGCCUUCCCUUAAACCCUUGUCAGUCCUUUGUAAUCAUCUGAACUAAAGCUUUGGCUUGGAAACUUUUAUGACUGUACAUCAUGGAGGAUAAGCAAGUGUUUAAAUGAUCACAGCUCUGAGGUAAAGGUGCCCACUUACAAUGCACUCUAUAAUCAAAGUUCUUUAAAUUAUAAAGCCAGAGAGAUUGAUGAUCCGUCUCUUUAGAACCCCCGUUUUUUCCUGUGUUGACCUGUUCCAUCUUCUUUUUAACACUUCUCUUUUUCCAUUCUGGAGUCAUUGAGACUCUGAAGCUUUAAUGCAGUCUAUUUUCAGUAGAAGUUACCUUCUGCUCUGUAGGGACCAAGCAGUAUGAAGGGCAGACUUCAGAUGCAAACACAUAAGCGCUAUCUUCUGUGUUAAGCACUAAGCUACCAUUCUGGCCUUCUGUAAUGUAUAUGUGUGUGGUUUUGUUGUUUUGUAGUUAAUGAAUUGUUUAACUUCUUUAUUUCUUAUGAGUUUUUCAUAUUUGGAUUAGGAAAACCUCAUUGGAAAUCCCAUUAUAGUAAAACUUUGAUUUUAUGUCUAAAAGUAGAAAAUAAGUUUGCUUUUACCUGGAAUGAGCAAGAGCAGCACAAAGACCUUGAAAGUAGCUUAAGUGAGUCACUGCCCUUCCUUUACCUUCUAUAGCCCUUUAUUCAACAUAAUCUAAAUAUUCAAAGCCCAAAUAUUUCCGUGCACAGGAAAAACAUAUUUGCAAAAGACAAAAACGCAAGAAAUUAUGUUUCCUUACUCAAGAGCAGAAAGGAGGCUGAAAACAGAUGUCAUUAAUUAGGAGCUUUUUGCUGCUGGAUAUAAAAAGCAAACACAUUAUUAUACCCCUUUCCUUUCUGCAUGUGAUGACAGAACAGAAGCUUCUGAUCCUGUAGAAGAGUUCUGUCACUGCUUAAAUGCAUUUUCUUCUUGGAUCUUUUGUGGAUGUUUAGUUAUAGAAAGUAAUUCAAACAAACACUUCCAUCAUUUUGUAGUCAACUGGUCCAUCUAAUGAAAAAGAAAAUGUGUCAUUCUUUUCAGUUUCAGGUCCUCAGUACCCCAAGUAAUUUGGGCUCUACAGUCCCUUGGUCACAGAUGGCCCAAAACCAAUACUUCUACAUGCUCCUCUGUAAAUAUUUUGUAUGAUGCUACCUGGCUUAUUUUCUGUAGAGGCUUUACUACUUUGAACACCUACAGAGCCUGUGGGUAGAAAAGGAAUUGCUUCUUCCCCCAGUAAAGGUGUAGUUGCAGGGCUUAAGGUUACGCUGCUCCCUUGAGCUUAGGGAAACUUUGCUGCCAAGAUGCCAAAUUGCACAGAAGGCUCCAUGCGCAUAUAGAGAUUUUCAGGAUGAUAUUAACUAUAUUGGUACAGCAUCCCCAAAGAGUAGUUUCACGGACAAACUGCUCUUCUUUGCACACAGUGCUCCCCAUGUGGCUCAGACCCAGGCACUCUACUUGGCAUCAGUUGGAAUCCUGUGUCCUUGCUUCUAAAUAGAGACAAUUAAGCACUUAUUAUCUUAAACCCUCCUACUUUAGCUUAAUUGCUGUCACCUGGGCUGUGUUAUAGUAUUCUUCAGUUUUGUCACUGGGAUAAGUUUUCAUGAUUUGGCUUAUAACUUAAAAAAAAUGACAAUUCUGAAUUUCAUCAGCAUCAAGUUAUAUAACUCUUUUCAAGACACUCAGAUGCAGAAUAAUUGCAGUUUACAAAUUAGGGCAAAACUAGACAUUUAUAUUGAAGGUACAGCCAAAAAUAUCUAGCACUGAGGGAUUAUGACAUUAUUUCUUCCCCUGCCCAUGGCAACAAAAUGCAGAAUGCCGUCAUGUCACAAAGUAAGUUCUGCUGGCUCUUAAGAAGGGAGGACGUAGUUUCAUGGCUGCUGUUUUUGGUUGCACCUGUGUGUUCAGUGUAAGAUAGAGCUGGGCCUUAAGUCAUACAGUUGAUUUGCCCAUUAAACCCAAAAGAUGCCAAGCAAAGCUGACAAAAAAGCUACCUGCACAAAGAUGUAUGUGACCUCUUGCCUUAGUAGCAGUCGAUCCUGUGUAUAGUAUUUUUGUUUCUUCUGUUGAGAAUUUUUCCCAUUUAGAAGCAAGUGCAGUGUUUGUCCUAAUUGCCUUAUACGUAUUGGCAGUUUUAUUGUAGAGAAGCACUUGCAGUGUAUGUCAGUGCACUAUUUUGUAUAGCUUGUGUUUUUUGGUAAACCCAGUUUGGAGGAAUUCCAAAUCUGUACAAUACAAGCCCACAAAGCCUUUCCUUAAAUUGACUUCCAUCGUGCCUCUAAACCUAGGUUGCAUGCAACAAUGAAAAAAAUCUUAAAUGUGUCAAAGUAUGCAAGAAAGUACUAAUUUCUCCCUUGGGGGGGAGGGGACUUUGCCUAACUCAGGAUGUGUAUUUUUAUUACACAGCAGAAUGAAAUCAUGGGAUGUGUGGGUUGUGUUUGUUAUUUAAAAAUAUUUAAUUGUUAUUCUAACUCGUCUUCCUCUGUUUUGGCCUUGCACUGAAAGAAGCUUUGUGACAAAAUGAGCCUGAGAAUAAAUACUUUGAGCUUAUUAUAAGUCAAUUCCAACUAGCGCUAUACCUAAUCAUUGUUCAUAUACCUACCAAUUAGUAUGCUGGUUUUUAUGCACAGCUAGUAUACCUUUGACUGGACUGUACCACUUUAGACUGUAUGUGGCAUGCACCUUUAUACAAAAACACUUUCUGCUCAUGGAAAGCUAGAUGUGAAGGAGUCUAGCUUAGUACGUUGGGGUUCUUCUGGUUUUGUCAGGAAGAUUUACUUUUUAAAAGGGGGGGCAUUUGAGCUGUAAACAUUAACCUGCUAUUUGAAGGGGGGGCAGAG